UGGAAACCUCCUUUCUUCAGCUGUCUCCCACUCUCUAAUUCUUUUCUUUACCGCCAUUAUAAAUACACUUCUUAUCCUCUUUCUACCUUCCUAUCAACAAUCCCAUUCACAACUUGUCUUUUUCCAACAACAACAACAAGAACAAAACCCCCCCUUACUCUCAAUAAUCUAAAUCUUAUUUCGCAUAAAAAAAAUUACAAUAAUCUUUCAACUUUCUUGAGAAUGUGUGGAGGUGCAAUUUUAGCGGAUUUAAUCCCGCGUAAUCAAGGCAGAUAUACUUCUGGUUCAGAUUUCUGGCCUGAUGCUUUCUUUUCAACAUCAGAUAACUUCACUAAACAAGUUUCAAAUCGUCCUACUAAAAGGCCACUUUCCUAUUCUUCAGGCGGUGUGCAGCUAGAAAAGCGGCCGAAGAAACAGAGGAAGACACAGUACAGAGGAAUACGACAGCGGCCGUGGGGGAAAUGGGCGGCGGAGAUUCGUGACCCGAGGAAAGGUGUUCGUGUUUGGCUUGGUACUUUCAACACUCCUGAAGAAGCUGCUCGAGCUUAUGAUAAAGAAGCUCGUAAAAUCCGUGGUAAAAAAGCCAAAGUUAAUUUCCCUAAUGAAGAGGAGGACAGUUUUACCAAUCAUCCUCAAUUUUUUCCAGCUCCCUUGUAUCAGCAGCAAAAUCAACAACAAUUCAACAACAUUUUGCAGCCUGAAAAUCAGAUUCUUGACUACCCAACAACCGAUUAUAUGAACCAAAAUCUGCAUGUUUCGUCAAAUGGGUUGGCUUUAAAUCAAGAGAGCUCAAAUGGGUAUAGCUUAGAAUCUGCUUAUGUUGCUCCAAAUUUGAUGGGUAUCGCCACCACCAAUCAAAUGAAGGAUGAGGUGAACCAGAGUUCAUCGGGAAAAGUCGCGCCCGUGUCGAUGACGGGGGAGAGGGCGGCGAUUGUGUUGGCGGAAGAAAGAGAAGAAGAGGCGGAGAGUGAAGUGCAAAAGUUGUCAGAGGAGCUUAUGGCUUAUGAAAACUACAUGAAGUUUUAUGAAAUUCCUUACAUGGAAGGCCAAUCUGCCACCGUAGCGCCGCCGUUGUGUUCUUGUCAAGAGGGAAAUGCUACUUUGGAGCUUUGGAGUUUUGAUGAAGAUGUUCCCUCUACUUGAAGAUUUGGAUAAUCAUCGUCUUUUAAUUUUAAUUGAAUGAGCGGUUAAUAAUAGGGAGAAGUUUUAUUUUAAUUGAGAAAAAAAGUGUAAUUUUUUCUGCCCUUUUUCGUUGGCACUGGUUGUGGAAACUAAUUUUCUAGAAUUUGAUAUUGUGCUGAAAA